UAUAUUGUCUUGUAAUCUACAUAACACAAUUUCAACUUCUCUUCUAGUUUAUUUUGUUGAGUUUUUCUCUCUUGAAGAACAAAAAAAUCAUCAAUGGAACUAGAAUUAGGACUCAAAAUCACACAGAGCACAGAUGAUAUCACUUCCACCACCAACCUUCGGAUAGCCAAAGACUCAUCAGGCCCUGUUUUUAUCUCUAGAGAAACUGAUACCAAGUUCAUCCUCACUGCCCAUCUAAAAGGUUUUGUAAGAGAACAAAUUGGGAUCAACAUUAAUGAGGAAGGGACAGAAAUCUCUAUCAGUGGGGAGAGGCCAGUUAGGGAGAUGGUGAUGUCUGGAUGGAUGAUGCACAAGAAGGAUGUGGAGUUGAAGGGCUUCAUCAAAGUUUUUCGCAUACCAAAUGGCGUAAUUUUGGAUCGAAUUAAAGCGAAAUUCAACAACCAAGAAUCUGUUUUAACGAUACUAAUUCCAAAAUCUACUAAAGGAAUUAGAGGUGUUGGGGUUGAGGAAGUGAAAGAAGAAGAGGUAGUUGAUAGAUUGAGGCCUAAGGCUGAGAUUGAUGAAGAGGUUAAUGAUAAUGCUCUAAGUGUUGGGCAAGUGGAAGAAGAAACUGAACAGACCAAGCCAAACAUAUCUGAUGAGGCUCAAGAAGAAGGUGACCACAUUGUUGGAGAUGGUAUUGAAGAGAAACCUAAAGAGCCAGACAUUGAAACUCGCCAUGUUUCGGAAGGGGGGGCUGAAUUGCAGGGAAAAAGGAUAGAAGAAUUGAAAGUUGAUGAGCCAAAGAGUGAAGAUAAAAAGAAAGAAUCUAAUGGGGUUGAUGAGAAGAAAGUUGUAGAAGAAAUUAAGGGAGAACAUGCUGUGUUUGAUGAAAUACCUAAAAGAGAUGAGACAGAAGAUAAGGCAAGAAUCCAAGAACCUGAGAUUAUAACAAGUGAAGAGCAACUUAAGGUGGAAAGCACUACAGCUCCAAAAGAAGAAACUCCAGCCACAAUAGAAACAUCUCAGGAAGUUAAGCCAGAGAUUCCAAAGCAAGCACCACCACCACCACCACCAAAUGAAGAAGCAGAGAGAAAAGAGUUCCCUGAUAUAAAAGAGCAGACUCCUAAAGAGAUUAAUGCUUUUGAGCCAAAGAGCAGUGAGAUUUUGGAACAUGUUCAAAGUGAACCAUAUCAUGAAAAAGAAAAUAAAGAUGAAAUUCAGAAAGUAAAAAGUGAAGAUGAAGCAAGACAAGGAGAGAAACAAACUGAAGAAAAGGAAUAUAGUUGUGCUGAUGGGUCUCCAAUGGUGGAAAAACAGGAGGCAAUUAAAGAAAAGCCUAAGCCAGGAGGCAAUCAAAGUGAACCAUAUCAUGAAAAAGAAAAGAAAGAUGAAAUUCAGAAAAUAAAAAGUGAAGAUGAAGCAAGACAAGGAGAGAAACAAACUGAAGAAAAGGAAUCUAGUUGUGCUGAUGGGUCUCCAAUGGUGGAAAAACAGGAGGCAAUUAAAGAAAAGCCUAAGCCAGCUGGUAGUUCAAGAAGGUUGAAGCUCUGUGCUCCUUGUGUCAUUGCAGGCUCUACCAUUAUUGUCUCUAUUGUAGUGUUUGCAGUACAUUGGAUUAGAACCAAGAAAAGAGAGGUUCACUGAGCUUUUUAGCUUCUUUUCUUUUCUUUUUUUACUUUCCCUUUCUCAAUAUUCUUUUUUUCUAAGAAAUAUACACAUUUGAGUGUUGUUAAUCAGAAGCACAUAGAUCUUUGAUUUGCAAGUGAUGAAAUCCACUAGAGAAGUAAUCUCAUCACUCCAUACCCAAACUUUUUUUUUUGGCAGUGCAUUGUUUUGGUGGGUAAAUCCCCACCAAAACUAUUAUGGAAUGUCUUUUUUGCAAAAAAGAAAAAAGAAAAAGA